CGGUUUCGGUGGGCAUUAAUGAAUCCAUAAUGUGGUUGUGAUUGGAAACAAACAUUUUAUCAUCCUCCAGUCUUUGAUUUGGAAACACUGUCCAGUUGGUCUGUUGUAAACAUAUCCAUUCCUGUGCAUCUGAAAUAGCCUUGCCUCCAAUUAGCAAAUUGUGACACACAAUAAGUUUCUCUGGAAUAUCCUGUACAGUUAUCAUCAAAAUAUGGCAGAAGUACUUACUGAAGCAGAACGAGAGAUUGUAAAAGAGUUUUUGGCCAUUGUAAAAGAACUACAGUUGCACAAAAAUGGAGAUAAGAAAUCUUGGAAUGAAUUUACUGCUGUUAAGUUUAUGAUGGCACGAAAAUUCGAUAUCUGUCGAGCUGUAGCCUUAUUUGAAGCUCAUGAAGUUAUGCGACGGCGAGAAGGACUAAUAAGGUUUGAUCCCACCAGUGAUGCGCUCAGAACAGAGUUGGAAACAGGCAAAUUUACCAUAUUACCUGUACGAGAUGACAGUGGUGCUGCAAUUGCUAUUUUCACUGCCCAUAAACAUGUACCAUUGGAAACAUCACAUCAGAUCACUCUUCAAGGCGUUAUUUAUCAACUGGAUGUUGCUUUAGAAAGUUUGGAAACUCAAAGGCAUGGAAUUGUAUUCAUUUAUAAUAUGACAGGAUCCAAGUAUGCUAACUUUGAUUAUGAGCUGAGUCAAAAAAUGCUAAAUUUAUUAAAAGGUGGAUAUCCAGCUCGUUUGAAAAAAGUUUUAAUAGUUUCUGCACCAUUAUGGUUUAAAGCUUCUUUCAAAAUAUUUCAGUUAUUUUUAAGAGAAAAGUUAAGAGAUCGGCAAACAGAAGAAGCUGCUGUACAGAAGCUGUUUAUGGUGACCAUCCCUCAGUUGUGUUCUCAUAUCCCAACCUCUUCCCUCCCUGAGGAGCUGGGAGGUACUUUCCAGGUAGAUCACAGGACAUGGCUGCAAAACUGCCUCAAGUCUACCAUCAACCGAUGCAUGGAUGAAAUCUCUGAUUCCCCAUCUGUGACGCCUAGUGACAAUGGUCCUUACAAUGGCUUCCAUCUGCACCACUACAAUGACAGUGAUAUGGAAGAGAACAGUGACCACCAUAGUGAUUCAGUGCAUGAGAAGUACAAUUCAGAAGAAAGGGAAAAGGAAGUGGAGGUGCUGAAAGAAGCAAUGAUCUUCGAGCCCCCUAAAGACUCAGAUGAACCAUGUCCUCUGACUCCAGAAUCUGCUGUCACUGACUUUACAGAGGAUGAGGAGAAUGAAAAACCUUUAUCAAGCAGUACAGUUUCACUGUCCAUUUGGGAGGAUUCAGUUCAUACUGAAAAUAGUGGAGGCAUGACGCUUGAAAAAUUCAUCGAAUAUCUUCGUAUGAAAGGAAGAAAAGGCUUGUAUCAGGAGUAUGCAGAAAUUAAAAAUACUCCUCCUGAUGGUACAUUUGAAACGUCCAAAUUAAAGGUGAAUCAGUGCAAGAACAGAUAUACCGAUGUUCUUUGUUAUGAUCACAGCAGAGUGAAACUUCCUAUAAUAGAUCAUGAUCCAUAUUCUGACUACAUCAAUGCCAAUUAUGUUGAUGGUUAUAAGCAAAAGCGUGCUUUUAUAUCUACUCAAGGGCCCCUUCCUAAAACAUUUGCUGAUUUUUGGCGCAUGAUCUGGGAUCAAGAAUCCCAUGUCAUUGUGAUGACCACAAAGACAGUGGAGAGAGGUCGUGUGAAGUGUGGUCAGUAUUGGCCUGCUGAAGAAAACACAGUUCAAGAAUAUGAGGAUUUUGAUGUUUAUAAUAGUGGUGUGGAAUAUUUUGCUGAUUAUAUUGUAUCCAAUUUAGUCUUAACGAAUAAGAAAGAAAAUACAUCUCAAGAAGUGUGCCACAUGCAAUUCACUAGUUGGCCAGACUUUGGAGUUCCAUCUUCAGCUUUAGCUAUGUUAGAUUUCCGUGACAAAGUCCGCAGGAAACAAGCUGAAGCUGUGCAGAUGAUUGGAGCCCAUUGGCAGGGGCAUCCAUUGGGACCACCUAUUGUAGUGCACUGCAGUGCAGGGAUUGGCAGAACUGGUACUUUUAUUACCCUGGACAUUUGCAUAAACAAAUUGGAAGCUACAGGAUUGAUUGACAUUGUAAAAACUGUUGAGAAAAUUCGGGCACAAAGAGCCUACAGUAUUCAAAUGCCCGAUCAGUAUGUUUUUUGCCAUUUAGCUCUUUUAGAAUAUGCUCUAAGUAGAGGCUUACUGGAAGAUGUAGAUUUGUCUGGAUUCAAUGAUGAUGAUUCUGAAUCUGAAUGAAGAUGAUUUUUCAUUUCAUUUUCUUCUAUUUAUAUGCAUUGUGCCACCUUGGACAUUUUUUACUUCUAUUUGGGUGAGUGUAUGAUUUUAAAUGAUUUGUUGGGUUGAGAAAUUUUUGUGCUGCCAUAUAUACUUGCAUUUUAUGUUAUUCUGAUUUUGUUUCUGGCAAUAAGAAAUUUAUUCCAGGAAAAAGUGAUGCAUUAGCAACAUUCUUUAAUUGUUGAGUUAUUGUUAUAUGUGUAUAGUCUUAAUUUGUUAUAAAAUUUUUUUCAUUAAUUGUUUGCAAAAUGGUGUACGACAGGUGAUUUGUUUUGCUUUUAUUUUUUGUGUCGAAAAUGUAUUAAUGUCAGUCUUGUAGGUUAUUAUUUUUUUUAAGUAAAAAUUACUAUUUAUUUUUAAUACCCUGAUCUAACUUUUCUAUUUAAGUUUUUGUUAUAUGAACGCUGUUAUUAGCUUUUGCAUAAUUGUUGCUUUCAAAACCGCUUCGUUUCUGUUUAUGUAUAGAAGUGUGGAUUUGUCACCUGCUUACUUAUAUGUUUCAUAUUCGAUUUGAUUAUUGUCUUUACCUUUAAAAAGAUGGUUUAUUUUCCUCUUUGUAGAAUUUUCUUUGGAUUAUUUUAAUUUUGGAACUUAAUUUUACUCCCUACCAUUAUAUAAAUAACAAUCUAUCAUGGUGUGUAUAUGUAAAUCCAUCAUGCAGAUAAUUUUAAGCAUAAUCUUUUAAUGAAAAUUAUUAUGCAAAUCAUUCCACAUUCUUGACAGAAUGGAGUAUUUUCUAGAUGAGGGGGAAAAUCUUUUGAAAUCCAUUUUCAUUUUUCAAAAUGUUGUUAUCAUUGAAUGUUGAAAUCGAAUGUAAUAUUUCAAUGAGGAUUACAAUUUCAUGAAUACUAAGAGUAUGUCAAUAUUGGCAGUUGAUUGCCUUAAAUCCGAACAUUCACCAUUUAUGUGUAAUAGUUAAAUAACAUUCAAAAUAUUUGCUACUAAUCUCAUUUAUCUUAUAUGGUAUUUGGUAGUCCUUUCAUACUAGUGAUUUCAUUUAAUUUAUAGCCUAUAUUAUUUUUAAAUAAGCAUUCUUAUUUUCAGAUAUAUAUUGUUAAUUAAAUUUAAUUGAAUGUACAUCGAAUUAAUUGAGCCCGAUGAAUUUCAAAUUUUUAAUAGUUAGAAAGACUUAUAUUGUGAAGUAGCUUCUCCCGUGAUAAAAAAAAAAAAUGUCAUAUGAAUUCUAAUAAUAUACAGAAUUGUUCGUUGGAUUGUGUAUGUGUGAUAAUUUAAAAUCAGUAUAUAUGGUUCCUAACUUCUAAAAUAAUAAUUUGAAUAUACCAUUCUAUUUAUUUAGACAUGCAAAUCAUUGCAAGUCAAACUUAGUUCCUAAGAUUUUUAAAAAUAUAUUUUUUAAAAUUCUGUUUAGAAUUUUUUAAGGUUUGAAAUUGCAUCAAAACAAGGAAAUAAUCAAAAUUGAAAGAUCUUUAAAAUAUAUGUUCUAAAGCCCUUCACUGUUGUUUCUUGUUGAAUAACAGAUAAAAAAAAAGAGAGAAACCAGAAUAAUGCAGAAAACGUUUGUAUUCUCCUUUAUUUCUAUUAAUUAGAUCAGGGGGGAAAAAAUGCUAAAAAUUGUAUAUUUGCUAUAAAGGAGGCAAUGCUUUAAAAAUAUAAUUGUUUUUAAAUUGAGAAUAGAAAUAUUGACUGAAGACUUAA